GCAAGUUUGGUUGUUGCGGUUUUAGCCGCUCCAAGGAAAUUGUUCAGUGUAAGGUUACCUAAGCGUACUGCGUGGGCGUGUUUCCAGAAACAAAGGGCAAACUUUCUUGCUCCCAAAGCCAGUGAAGUUAAACAGACUCCCUCAUGAAAAGGCCCUUGGGGACCCUAGGGCGUCAGAUGCUACAGCUAAUUUUAAAAUAACUGUUUAACAGGUGAUUAGGGAGCGCGCUUUCUCUCCACCACCAAGUUUACCUCUUCUCCCACCCCCUCUAAAAUAAGUGACUUGACGAUAGGUGAUCCCAUCCCCUAGUCCUCUCCUUAAUGCCAGUCUGGAGGCGCACUGUCAAGAAGCGAUGCGUCUCCUCGCCCUUGAGAACCAGCGCGGAGACCUUCUUUUGUGCCUCUCCUUGGCUGUGAACUUUCCCGCGCGGUAGGUUCUCCUUUAAGAAAGUAGCAUCCCUAUGAAUAUUUAAUGCUGUGCGCGGGCCGGCGGGGCGGAGGGGAGCCCACGGCCUGGGUUUCCGCGCGCGCCGAGACCCGGGCGCAGAGCGAGUGCGUCCGCACCAGCCUGGCCGCCGCGGGAACUCGGGGACCGGGAGGGCGGGGGUUAGCGGGAGGAAAGGGUAAGCUGAAGAGGGGCUGGGAACGGGAGGGAGGCUCGGGGCGAACGGGCCGUCGCGUUCAUUUCCAUAAGAAAGCUGAAAUCGCAGUUGGAAGCAGGAUUUCUCGCCCCUGCAGCCCUUCCCCCAUACCCGGUUUUCUGCAAGAAGCGGGCUCCGGAGCUCAGAGCCCGAAGUGUGUGCUCUGGUCUUUGAUGAUGUUGAUAAAAUGUGGUUUCAAAUGUUGUCCCGAAGAGGCCGGUUUCCUGUUUGUAUGUGGAAUGGAAGGACCGUGCCGGGGCACCAAGAGGCACCCUGAGAACUCAGAGGACCCAGAGGCUCCCCUCAAGCAAAUUCCCCGCUGACCCUGGACACCCCUUGAAAGAGGGGGCAAGAGGCUGCCACAAGGCUCAUCUUAUAACUCCCAGCAAGGACUCCCAGCAAACAAGUUCAGCUUGGGAUCUGCCCACCACCAAGCCUGGCUGGGAGGUGGGCGGGGAGCGGGGGGUGGUGGAGAGGCAGAGUCCCUGAACAGGGAAAAGGCAAUCAGUUGUUCCCCUUUCUGGUGUCAGAGGCAAAGAAGCCUGAAGGGCUGGUGGUGGUGCUGGCUCUGGGUUUAUUGACUCUGUGAUCCUGUCCAGCUGUCCUACAGGGAGUUCCAGAGCUCUCCCAAAGUGCAUGAGGAACUGCACAAGUAGGACUGGGGCACAAUACCAGAAGCUAUUUGUCUCCUAGAACCUGGCACCCCCUCCACUUACCUUAUAGGAGACCCACAUCACUCAGUUCCCAGGACACCUGGUGGGAGAGUCUGGUGAGAUUUGGAGGCAGACUUCCUCUACUCACAACUUGUUUGAAAAUGGACAUAAAGAGGAGAACAGACACUCCAUCGCCCCUUCAGGGCCUCCUUUGUGUCACAAAACCUAUCCCCUCCUAGGGCACCCUUGACAUUCCCCUAGGUGGGCCUACACAUUGUUCAGAACCUGUCCCCUGUACCAAAAUAAAUAUAAAUGAGUUUGUUUCUUUAAAAGAAAUAUUACAGCUUUAAACUUUUCCCAGCCGGAAUCCACCUAAUUUCAUCAAGGUCUCUUGCUAGCAGCCAUAACCCAGGACAAAAGGGCUUCUCCCUAGGGAGGCACCAAAGGGAGAAUACCCCAGGCCCAUUUCAUUCCACUGAGGUUUUUGAACCUCUAGGUGUCUAAGGUAAUACCACCACCAUCCCCACCUGUUUUCAGUUCUUUCUUUGUGGCUUAAGAUUGCAUUUUAGGAGGGUUUAUGUAAUGUUGUUCACGUCAGCAAGUCUCCCUGCCCCACCCUCACCCCAUGUCCUAUAUGGAAUUAUAGUUGGAAACCA